AUGGAGAGUGGCCGCCGCGUUUUGAGCGAUCUCCUCGUGACUCAGAAUUCCGCGGACAGAAAGCUUCUCUUGACCUUCGUGUGGCAGGGGUCUAGAAUCAACCUCGACCGCUCAUGCGACGAGCCCCUGGAGCGCCUUCUGCAGCGGCUGAGGAUCUCGUGCAAGAAGGCGACACAGAAAAAGGAAAAGGAGGGAGGCAAAACUGCCAAGACAAAGGCGUCCAGGAAGGAAAGGAAGCGAGAUGAAACUUCAUCACCAAGUGGAAGCACCGCAGCCUUCGGCGAGGGCCUCUCGCCCGAGGCGAACACAGCCACAAAGCAGGCUGAAGAUCUCCCCCAACUCUACCUCAGACGCAAGGAUGGGACUGUCGCCUCGGGCGACGACGCCUGCGGCGCCGCCUUCGAGCGGGGGGCCUUUGUUUGCUUUUCAUCUUCCGCUCCUCGGCCUGUUUCGUCUGAUGGAGCGGAAGAGCGAGGCGAGCAGAACACCCUCGCAGAAAAGAAAUCCAGGACAGGCGAACCGUCGCGCCUUGAAGACGGCGUGGAGUACGCGCUGCGCGUUGUCUGGGAUCCGCCGGUCGUGCGCAGCAUCUACGUGCCGCAGGCUGUCUAUACAGGGUGCCCCGUCCUCGUGUGUCUCGCCACCGAGCACGCGAGCGAAGACGACAUGGUUAUCGAAUGGCGCUACGCCGACAGCGGACCAGAUGGGGCAGUGAUUCAUCGAGGAUGGCACUACACACCCACUGCGUCGGACGAAGGAAAGAUAUUUGCCGUGACAGCCUACCAUCCGCAGUAUCGCGCGUUUGCCGUGACGCUCGUUCUGCCGCCGGUCCUGGUCUGCCCAGCCCUAGCGUGGCACGUGGAGCGCGUUCGGGCGCUUCGCCCUCCCACGCGCGAGGCUGCGUCUGCGCCUACCGUCCAUUCGCCGGCGUGGCCGUCCUCCACGAGCGGCGGCCUUCGCGUGUGCAGCUUCAACAUCCUCGCAGGCGCCUACGCGCGGACGCCGCACGCUGUGCAAGCCAUGUAUCCCUACUGCAGCGGUCACCACUUGGAUCUGCACCAUCGCCGCGCGCUCCUGGGGAAGGAGCUGCGACUGCUCGACGCAGACAUUGUGGCGCUUCAGGAGUGCUCGUCGUCGCUCUACUCGUCGUUCUUCGCCCCGUUGUUCAAAGAGGACUACGAGACUUUUCUGCACUGCAAAUUCAACGCGCGAGUCAAGGAGGGCUGUGCGCUGCUCGUGCGGAGGAACAUGUUCUCUGUGCUCAAGGAAGGCCACAUCGUCUUUCAGAAGGAAUUUCUGGAGAACCCGCGGUUCGAUGACCUGCGCGCUCAGCUGCGCCACAAGUGGCCUCGUUUCGAGAGCGAGGUGCUUCCGAACCUGACGACUGUCAUGCAGUACGCCGUUUUGAAGCGCCGCGAGGCGGCGCAAGGAGAGAACCCAGAGUUGCCGCGGACGCUGAUCGUCGCGAAUACCCAUCUGUUCUUCCAUCCGUAUGCUCGCCACGUCCGCCUUCUCCAGCUCUACGUGAUGUCGCAUGUGAUCAAAGACCUCCGAGAAGCGUUUGCUGCGGAGCAGCUCCCGUCGGUCGUCCUCUGCGGAGACUUCAAUUGCCAGCCGGGCACGGGCGGCAUCAAACUCUUGAAGGACGGAGGCGUGCCUGCGCACCUUGACGACUGGCUCGACGGGCUGUCGUUCCGCUGGGAAGCAGACGAAGACGCAGGCGCCGAGGAAGAAGAGGAGCAAGGCGAUAAAAAGGCGAACGGUGGCGCACCCGAGGCAGGUGCCAAGGGCACAGCGAAGAAUGUCUCCGACGACCACAUUUCGCCUCGCGCCGCUCCUGCUGCCUUUUCGGAUGCGGCGUCCGCGGCUACCUCGCCUGCGCAAGCCCCAGAGCAAGAGGAGACAACAGCAGGCCGGAAAGAAGAGACAAGUGCAGCAGAAAACGUCGCGAAUCCGGGAGUGGCUCUACAGCUUCCGGGAGGGCUCGACCUUCAGGACUGCUACGCGGCCGCGCCGCUCGCCUUCUCGAAUUUCGUCUGCGGCUUCCGCGCGACCCUCGACUAUAUCUACGCGUCUGGGGAUUUCGAGGUGGCGGCGCGCCUGCCUGGAGUCAGCGAAGAGGCUGUGAGCGCGCACGGCGGGCUGCCUUGCCACGCGUAUCCGUCAGACCAUUUAGCGAUUGCUGUCGAUCUUAAGUUGCGCGCGCCGCCCAGCGAAAAUGACAAGCUCUAA